AUGUCUUCACGAAAUAGAAAUAUUAAAAAAAAAGCUCAUGCUAUUAGUAAGAAGGUUCAGCGUAACUGGAGUGUUCGCAAAAAACUUAUGGUGGUUUAUUAUUUUGAAUGUAUUAAAAAUGUAAGAGCAACUGCAAAGCGAUUUGAUAUUGAACCUAAACAAGUUCGUGACUGGCGAAGUAAGAAGCAAAAACUUUUAAAUGCAGCACCUUAUCUUUUAACACUCAAUCCUGGCCGACCAGCUUUGUAUCCCCUUUUAGAAAGAAGGCUAGUUGAAUGGGUCAAUGUGCUUCUAGAAAUGGACGGGUCUGAAGAUGAUUUAGUGUUUGACUAUGAAGCUUUGGGUGAAGAUUUGGAAAAUGCGAAUGAAGAAAGUAUUGAGAAGCUUGAUGAUAUUAAUGGUAAAGAGUAUGAAGAAACCGAAGGCAAUAAUAAUUAG